AUGAGGCUGACUCCCCUCCGCCAGGUGGCAGCGAACAGGCACGGCGCGGCUUCUGUUGGCAGCGGACCGCGAACACGGCUACCGUUUCUGCGCAAAGUUGUGCGGGAUGCGCUGCGGGGACCAAACACACACAACAACGCGGCGCCGUUCAAGCGGUAUCCCCUGCCCAGCCCGGGCGAGGAAGGGGGGCGUGCCAGUGUGGUGCUCUACAAGGACCCACAGUGCAUUGUCGUGAACGACGCCUAUCCCAAGUCGCGGAUGCACUGCCUCAUUCUGCCGCUGGAUCUCUCGCUUGAGUCGCUCAAUUCGCUGCGCGCGGCGCACGUGCCGCUCCUGCACCACAUGAUGGGCGUGGCGGAGCGGUACGUGCUGUUCUUGCGGACAGGCGUGGCGGAGAAGAAGUACGCGUCGCUGGCGUUCGCCACUGGCUUUCACGCGCUGCCGUCGCUGCCGCAACUGCACAUGCACCUCAUUUCUCUAGACUUCGACAGCCCCUGCCUGAAGUCGAAGAAGCACUACAACACCUUCGCCACACCCUUCUUUCUUCCGGCGGACCGCGUGGUGGAGGACUUGGAGCGCAAUGACUGCGUCACGCUCAACCGCGACGUGGCGGCGCUGAAGAGCAUGGAGGAGCAGGCGCCGUGCUGUAUGUGGUGCAACAAGAGCGAGGCGGGAAUGCCGCAACUAAAGGCACACCUCCUUCGGUGCCCUAAGAGUGGUGCGUUUAUAAAGCCGGUAGACUCGGCGUAG